AUGUUGUCAGUUUAUGCUCGGGCCAAUCUCGCUAUCGGUAAUUUGAUGAUCGUCUUGGCCCCGUCUGCGACACUCGUGAGUCCCGACAACCCGUUCAGCCCGUCCUGGCUGCCUACUGUUCCUGGUGUCAAGCGGUGCCGCUACUUGGCACCUCAAUGCGCCAAAAAUGCCAUGGCGGUGACCGUGCUGGUCUCCGUCUGCGUACUCAGUACGCUGUCAAUGGCCGCAUUGCUCACUAUGUUGGCCCGACUCGUUCCGUGGCUGGGUUCUUGGAAGGGGGCCAAGUUUUUUUGUUUUGGGGGAAGGGUUAAGUAG